ACUUUUAUGCAACCAAGUACAAUCGCAACAUACAUUAUCCUCAAGCUUUAGUAUAUAGAGAAAUCGUAUUCAAUAUUCAUAUUAUCACAUUAUUUUAUCAUAUAUAGUACAUUGAGUUACUACUAUUUUUUUCAUAAAAAAAACAAGGGUAGCCAUGGCAAGCUCCAAGUUCAUAGGGGCCGUUUUCAUUGUUUUGUUCAUUGUAGACCUAGCAUGUGCAGCUAGGUUACUUGGUGGUGGCAGAGGUGGUGGUGGUGGUGGCGGUGGUGAAGGGGGGGGAGGUGGUGGUGGCCUAGGAGGACGUGGUUCGGGGUAUGGUUCUGGUGGUGGUGAAGGAUAUGGUGGAGGAUCAUCAGGAGGAGGUGGAGGUGGUGGUGGUAGAGGAGGAGGUGGUGGAGGUGGUGGUGGGAAUGGUGGCUCAGGGUAUGGCUCUGGAUAUGGAUCAGGAUACGGGUCUGGAUAUGGGUCUGGUGGUGGGAAAGGUGAAGGUGGUGGUGGUGGAGGAGGAGGUGGUAGAGGUGGAGGUGGUGGUGGUGGUUCUGGUGGCUCAGGCUAUGGUUCUGGUUCUGGUUAUGGUGAAGGUGGUGGAUAUGGUGGAGGAAGUGGAAAAGGUGGUGGAGGAGGAGGAGGAGGUGGUGGUGGAGGAGGAGGCGGAGGAGGUGGUGGCAAUGGAGGUUAUGGCAGUGGUUCUGGCUAUGGUUCAGGAUAUGGUUCUGGUGGAGGAGGAAAUGAGUACAUCCCUUAAACGUAUCAAGCUCUUGCAAUUAGCUACUUAAUAACAUUAUUCAAUCUUCUUCAGAUAUCAUAUAUUUUAUCUCCAAUAAUAAUAAUUUGCAUUGUGACUUCGUGGUCAUUUUGCUUCAUGCAUGGUAUAGGAUAGGUUACUAAAAAAUUUAUGUGUAUCAUUAUUGAACGUGAUGGUUGUAAAGCAUGAUAACUUUAAUAAAAGAAUAUUAUUAUACUAUCAUUGAGGUUAA